UCAAAGGGAUCGCCAGAAUAACUCACAAAGUGAUCAGCCCAGGGUGCGGCCGACACGAGAGCCGACUCUGUCUCUUUGUGGGAAAUCGGUUUUUCUUUACGGCCGGAGACUUUGCUAGCCCAGGAUCUGGGUUAUCAAGCAGCUGGAAAGGGUCGUGGAUCGAGGGGGAGGACCGCGGAGGAAGAAACAGGUGGGUGAUGGCGAUGUCUGCACGCGUCGUCUGCUGCCGGAGCUCGGAGGUCACUCCUGCGAGGCCCUGCCGCUCUGCGGUGGCGCCGCCGAGGCGCGCACCAGUCUUACUCCGUUUGACCUCUCUGGGGAGGAAUCGUGGGAUAAGAUCCGAGCUGAAGAGUGCGGGCCAUCUGCAUCGUCUCUCUGGCGACGUCUCUGCAACAACUCCGAUGGCUUCCUCUUCUUCUUCAUCGCCGUUGUCGUUAUCGCCUUCGCCUGGGCUGGUAAUCACGCCGUCCAUUCGGGCGAGGAAGAGGGUUCUCCUUUUCUACUGCAAGGAGACGAAGGCGCUGGCUGAACGAAUAGCUGCCGAGUCGGACGCCAUUGAGCUCCGGAACAUCACAUGGAGGACAUUCGAUGAUGGGUUUCCCAAUCUAUUCAUUUCUAAUGCACAUGGAAUUCGGGGGCAGCAUGUAGCUUUCCUUGCUUCAUUUAGCUCUCCAGGAGUAAUAUUUGAGCAACUUUCAGUUAUUUAUGCGUUGCCAAGGAUGUUUGUAUCAUCAUUUACACUUGUCCUCCCUUUUUUCCCUACGGGAUCUUUUGAACGUAUGGAAGAAGAAGGAGAUGUGGCUACGGCGUUCACUCUUGCUAGAAUAUUAUCAAAUAUACCGAUUUCAAGAGGUGGGCCAACCAGCCUGGUCAUAUUUGACAUUCAUGCCCUGCAGGAGAGAUUCUACUUUGGCGAUAAUGUUCUUCCAUGCUUUGAGAGUGGGAUCCCCUUGCUUAAACAAAGACUUCAGCAGCUUCCAGAUUCAGACAAUAUAACCAUUGCAUUUCCUGAUGAUGGAUCAUGGAAGAGAUUCCACAAGCAGCUCCAACAUUUCCCUGUGAUUAUCUGCACGAAAGUUCGUGAAGGGGAUAAACGAUUUGUACGUUUGAAGGAGGGAGAUCCAAGAGACCGUCAUGUUGUGAUAGUUGAUGAUUUGGUGCAAUCUGGGGGGACACUGAUUGAGUGCCAGAAAAUGUUGGCGGCACAUGGAGCAGGAAAAAUCAGUGCUUAUGUUACACAUGGUGUUUUCCCAAAUAGGUCAUGGGAAAGAUUUCAACAUGACAGUGGAGUUGGUCCAGCGAAUGGCUUCACCUAUUUUUGGAUUACGGACUCUUGCCCAUUCACCGUCAAGGAGGUGAGUAGCAGACGACCUUUUGAGAUAUUGAGCUUGGCCAAGGCAAUUGCAUCCUCCCUGCAAAUUUAAUCCUUGUAAAAAUGUAGGACUUCAGACAUAGGAAUUUCGUCUGUUCACUUGCUCUGUUUUCUUGUAUGACAAUUGGGAAGUUGAAGCCGGCUCCUGUAUGACUUUAUGAGAGGUUUUAAAAUUCCCUGCAGGGAAUAAAAAUUUAUUCAAUUUUUGCUUUUGUAAUGCAAGGACAAAGGGUGGCGAUAAUGCCCAUCAAAAACUUGUAUGGAACUUGACGUGUCUGGUUGCAGAUUUAAGGUUCCUUUUUCUCUUUU